AUGAAUUUGACCAACUGUACAAGAGCGACUGAAUUUAUUCUUGUUGGCUUGCCCAGUGUUUGGGGAAUGGAAAAUAUGAUAUUUGCUUGCAUCUUUCUGCUCUACCUCCUGUGUCUGAUGGGAAACGGGCUCAUCGUUGUCAUGGUGAUUUUGGACCGCCAUCUCCAGAAACCCAUGUAUUUCUUCCUUAGCAACCUUUCUUGCAUUGACAUCGGACACACCACAGCCUUUAUUCCCAAACUGCUGGUCAACUAUCUCACUGCAAACAAUUCCAUCUGUUUCUACUGCUGUAUAACACAGCUGUUCUUUUACUUCUUCUUCGGCGUCACGGAAUUUUUCAUCAUCACAUUGAUCUCCUUGGACAGGUUCCUAGCCAUCUGCCAUCCUUUGAGAUACUCCGCAAUCAUGACUUCUGGAGUUUGCUUGAAACUAGCCAUGGCAGCCUGGUUCGGAGGCCUUUUUUCCAUUCUGUAUCAGGGAGUUUUGACCGCAAACCUACCCUACUGCAUGUCCAAUGUUAUCAAUCAUUUCUAUUGCGAUGAGGGACCUUUGUUGAAGAUUUCCGGAGGAGACACACAUGUGAUCGAAGCCCUGGGCUUCCUAGUGACAGUGGUUGUGAUUAUGUCCUCCCUGCUUUUCACCCUCAUUUCUUAUCUCUUCAUCAUCUGCACCAUUCUCCGAAUGCCUUCAACCACCAGACAGCAGAGGGCUUUUUCUACCUGUGCUUCCCACCUGGUUGUAGUCUGCAUUUUGUAUGGGUCAGUCUUUUUUGUCUAUUUAAGACCUACUGUCAAGAACUCUUCUUUUAGUAGGACCAAGUCUGUCUCCGUACUGUAUACCAUGGUUGCCCCAGCGCUAAACCCUUUCAUUUACACCAUUAGGAACAACGAAGUCAAGGAUGCGGUAAGGAAACUUUUGGAAAGAAAGAGUGCAGGUGCCCCACAUCUCAUGGCUUAA